CCGGCUCCCGCACCCCUCCCCCGCGCCCCGCGGACCUUGCCGGACCGCCCACGCCCGGCCGAUGGCCGAGGGGGCCAGGCAAGCAGGGCGGGCGCCCACCCCCGGGGGCGGGGGGCGCGCACCGGGCCGCGGCACUUACUGAUCUCUGGAGCUGCCUCUGAGCUCUGGGGCAAGACUGCACAGUGCUGUCUGAGGAGGAGGGGAGGAGGAGAGCCGGAGUGCCUGCUUUCAUGCCCUGGCCCCAGCUGGAGCCCCACUUCUACAUAUUCCCUGACCGUGCUGAUGGUGGUGAGCAGCGCGGUGCUGGUGUACUUCGUCGUCAGGACGGUCAGGAUGAGAAGAAACCGAAAGACUAGGAGAUAUGGGGUUUUGGACACGAACAUAGAAAACAUGGAACUGACACCUUUAGAGCAAGAUGAUGAGGAGGAUGACAACACGUUGUUUGAUGUCAAUCAUCCUCGAAGAUAA